CUCUCGGCUCCCCUCAUCAUGUCUUUACUCGACGAGCCUGUUCCCCAAGAUGACUUGAUGCGCGACCGGACGCGUAUCUUUGAAGAAUUUCUUACAUCCGAGUCCGCGAUCUACAACUACAAAGAUGACAUCCUUCGCAUGCUCCGACUAGACAGGACGCGUCUCAUCGUCAAUAUCGACGACCUACGCGACUACAGACGCGAUUUUGCAGACGGCCUUCUUCGACAGCCCGUCGAGUUUAUGCCCGCCUUCGAUGACGCGCUCAGCACCGUGAUACAACAAGUCCACAACGCCGAAAAACACGAAAUAGAAGGAAAAGGAUACCACAUCGGAUUCAGCGGCUCCUUCGGCGACCACCAUGUCAGCCCUCGGAACCUGCGCGCGUCGUAUCUGGGGCAGAUGAUAUCUCUCGAGGGAAUCGUUACGAGAUGCUCACUCGUUCGCCCGAAGAUGUUGAGAUCUGUGCAUUUUUGCCCGGACACGGGACUCUUCCAUGCUCGCGAGUACCGCGACGCGACUUCGUCCACGUCUAACCUCCCGCCGACAUCGUCCGUCACACCGCAGACGGACGAGGAGGGUCACCCGCUUCAGAUGGAGUUUGGUUUUUGCACGUUCCGUGACCACCAGCGGAUCAGUAUCCAGGAAAUGCCGGAGCGUGCGCCCGCCGGUCAACUGCCUCGAAGCACGGAUGUAAUUCUUGACGAUGAUUUGGUGGACAAGUGUAAACCAGGAGACCGUAUUCAGCUCGUUGGCGCAUACCGAAGUGUCGGUGGAGGUGCGAGUGGCACAUUCAAGACGCUCAUCAUCGCCAACAACGUCAUCCUUCUCUCUUCAAAAGCCGGUGGUGGUAUCGCACAGGCCCCACUCACCGACUCUGACAUCCGCACGAUCAAUCAGCUCGCAAAACGAAGAGACCGCAAGAUCUUUGAUCUUCUCUCCCAAUCCCUCGCUCCCUCCAUCUACGGCCACAACGAGAUCAAACAAGCCAUCCUCCUUCUCCUACUCGGCGGUAACGAGAAGAACCUCCCCAAUGGAACCCAUAUACGUGGCGAUAUCAACUUACUCAUGGUCGGCGACCCGUCCACCGCGAAAUCUCAGCUGUUGAGAUUCGUGCUGAACAUCGCGCCGUUGGCGAUCGCGACUACGGGUAGGGGAAGUUCGGGUGUCGGUCUGACGGCGGCUGUGACGACGGAUAAGGAUACGGGCGAGAGGAGGCUGGAGGCUGGUGCGAUGGUGUUGGCGGACAGGGGCGUAGUGUGUAUCGACGAGUUUGACAAGAUGUCGGAUGUGGACAGGGUGGCUAUUCACGAAGUCAUGGAGCAGCAGACUGUGACUAUCGCUAAGGCUGGGAUACACACGAGUUUGAACGCCCGGUGCAGCGUCGUGGCUGCUGCCAACCCGAUUUACGGCCAAUACGACGUCCACAAAGACCCACACAAAAAUAUCGCACUCCCCGAUUCCCUGCUUUCUCGUUUCGAUCUCCUAUUCGUCGUAACCGACGACGUCAAUGACGAACGCGACCGCCUAAUCGCAGACCACGUCCUCCGCAUGCACCGCUACAUCCCUCCCGGCGUCGAAGAAGGCACCCCCAUCCAAGACACGCUCUCCCAGCCUCUCUCCAUCGACGGGCCCAACGCCACCGAAAACGGCCCAGAAGCCGAGACCAGUCCGUUCGAGAAGUACGAUCCGUUGCUGCAUAUCGGGCUCCAGGACAGGGCGAAGCCCAAUACGAGGGGAAAGAAGAAGAGGCAGGAUGCGAAGAAGGAGGUGUUGACUAUGGCUUUUAUUAAGAAGUAUAUUCAGUAUGCGAAGAGCAAGCCGCAGCCGGCGUUGACGGUCGCGGCGGCGGAUACGAUCGUGGAGGCUUAUGCGACGUUGAGGAAUGAGGACGAGGAUAAUAACCGGAAGAGGACCUCGCCAUUGACCGCUCGUACGCUCGAGACGCUCAUCCGUCUCUCCGCCGCGCAUGCCAAAGCUCGGUUGUCCACGGAAGUGACGGUCGAAGACGCGGAGAUCGCAGUCGAGAUCCUCCGUUUCGCGCUCUACAAAGAAGUCAUGAAGCGUAAGCGGACCGUUCGCCGCAAGAAGCGAAAGCUUAACACUGGCGACGCUACCGGCCGAAGGGGAGAUGGAGAGGACGACGAGGAAAGCGACGAGGAUGAGAGUGAUGAGGAAGAGGAAGUGGAGGAGAAUAAACGGAUGGAGGCACCGGUACCGCAGGUGGAGAAGGCGAAGUCUGUGUCUGUUAGGGGUUCACCUGCGCCACCCCCACCAGCACCUGGGCCAUCGAGAAGUCAGGACCCGAUAUGGGGAGCGGAGGAGAGUCAGACGCAGACGCAGACGCAGGAUGUGGAUAUGGACAUGGACGUGGAUGGUGCAGCGGGUCCCACAGAAGAGGGAGGGAUCCGUAAUGAGCGAUUCCAAGUCUUCCAGUCGAGGAUGUCGGCUCUCUGGGUCACGACAUUCGAGGACGAGGCCUCCAUUGAAUUCCCCGAGCUCGUCCAAGCCGUCAACGCCGGGCUGAGCACGGACGAGCUGUUUGGGUCGGAGGAGGCUUUGGCUGCAGUGAAAAAGAUGGAGGACGAUGGGGUGAUCAUGUUUAGCAAUAAUGUAGUGUACCCUAUCUGAGGUGGCACCGUUUUUAUGUUUUCCGGUUUUGCUUUCGUUCAUGUUUUGUUAGUUGUAAUUCUAGUACCGUUGUGG